GUUUUCCAAUUCUGGCUGUUGGGAUCCUAUAAAACAGCGACUUCAGUGUUUUUGGUAUCUGAUGCUUCUUCUCCCUUUAGUGCUCCAGAUUUUUCUGCUACAUCUCUCUCAACCAAGAUUCUUGGGCUUUUGCUUACUUCUGCUCGGUUGUUUUCAAGCCUGUUUCUUCUUUUCAUUCUUGUUUUGUCACAGGGUUCUCCCUUUCAACUCAGUAAAUUGAGCUUGCUUUGUCAAAAAAGGGUUUUGCUCAAAUCCUGAAACACUGCAAUAUUUUAAUUAUUGUUUUUAUUUUUUUGAAUUCAAUUUCUCCUUUUAUGCCUUUUAGGCAUAUUUCAGAAUCAGCUUUUUCUCUCCUUAUCUCCAAGUAUCAGUCUUCUUCUUCACGGCUCUUCCCUUUUUUUUUUCUUUGGUGUUUGUUGUUUCCCUCCCUCUUUUGAUGCGAAUAAAGAAUCAGAGAAGUUAGUAGGAAACACUUCCACAAGAGACGAUGGACCAAAGUAUUCUAUGUCCUACGAAAUACACAGAAUACAGAAAAGUUAUUAAGAAAUUCACAAAACCCUCCUUAAAACCCAAAAAGGUCUCCGGUGAAAGGAAUCAGCACAUCCCACCGCGAGUUGUACGGAUAUCAGUAACAGACCCUGACGCCACCGACUCCUCCAGCGACGAAGAGGGUGACUUGUUUGGCUGCAAACGAGUCAAACGGAAUGUGAACGAGAUUAGCAUCCAAGCUACCUACAAAGACACUAGUGCUACCAUCUCCAAUGGGCGAAAGAGACCUGUCAGUGUGCUUCCGGCCUCCCACAGUCUAGUCAGACUCAAUACAGCAAAUACCACUGGCAGAAAGUUCCGUGGAGUCCGACAACGUCCGUGGGGUAAAUGGGCUGCUGAGAUUCGAGAUCCUGCAAAACGUGUGCGCUUAUGGUUAGGCACCUACGACACUGCUGAAGAAGCUGCUAUGGUCUAUGACAAUGCUGCAAUAAAGCUUCGAGGACCCGAUGCUUUAACCAACUUCAUUACCCCUCCAGGUAGGGAAGAACAAGUUCUGGAAGAAGCAGAACAAGUAGAAGCCAAGCGAAAAAUUAACGUGACCUCAACUUCUGGCUAUGAGUCCAGCGAUGAGUCUCACAAUCUAUCAUCUCCGACGUCUGUGCUGAACUUCAGAGCUCACUGCAGUGAAGCUCUUGAACUGCAGAAGCUGGUUGUACCGGCAGAAAAAUCUAAACCGGUUAAAGAAGAGUACUAUCAACAAGAACAAAAAGUCUCUGAUGAAUCAGCAGAGUAUCUAUUGCCGCUGGACUUGCCAUUUUUGGACGAUUUCUUCAAUUUUUCAAGUACUGGACCUUCACUCUUCGAUGACGCAGUAACAACGACAACAACUACCGUUUCAAGUGAAGAUUUCAGCGACAUAUCCCUCGACACACCCCAAGAUUUUGGAUCAUCGUCCAUGUGCCAAGACGACGACCUUUUCCAAGACAUCGGAGAUUUAUUUUUCUCGGAACCGCUUGUUGCCCUUCCAGAUGUUUAAUAGUGACGCAUUUCCACCGUUUUGCUUGCCGAUUUCACGGCAAAUUUUGUACCGGUGGCAAUGUUUUUCCGUCUACUUUUUGUUUUUUUUUUUAAAAAAACUAUUAUAUUAUUAUAUAUUUGUUUGUUAUAAAUAUCUCCGUUCCC